AUGGCAGGAGACGCUAAAAGCCUGACGCCCAGGCAGUGUGCCGUCAUGGAUGUGGCUCUGGAUACCAUCAAGCAAUACUUUCAUGCGGGCGGGAACGGCUUGAAGAAGACUUUCCUGGAGAAGAGCGCUGAGCUUUCGUCGCUCCGCCACGCUCUGUCGCUCUACACCCAGACCACCGACACGCUCAUCAAAACCUUCGUGACCACGCAGCAUUCACAGGGCUCAGCUGUGGACAAACCCAUCGGAGAGGUUUCCCUGCAGAUUGAGCUGUACACUCAUCCCAAGAGCGGAGAGCGGAAAGUUACUCUCAAAGUGAUUGCAGCCAGUGAUUUGAAGUGGCAGACGUCUGGGAUGUUCAGACCCUUCGUGGAAGUCACGAUGAUCGGGCCGCACCUCAGCGACAAGAAGCGCCGAUUUCAGACCAAAUCCAAGAACAACAGCUGGUCUCCCAAAUACAACGAGACCUUUCACUUGUAAGUUCAAAACCAAACGUCGUGACACAUUUAGGAUUUGAAGCUCUUUUAAUUCUGACUUCAUAAACUGUUGGUUACACAAAACAAAGUCCUUGUGAA